AUGUCUGUAGUCAUCAUACAACCACCAUUCAUUGCAUUGGACACCGAAAAGCCAAACCGUGUAAUGUGCGACAAAUCGAUGUUAUAUAAUUUUUUUCUUUCAGAAGAUUUGUUGUGAUUUAAUCGAGAGCAUCCGUUUUUAUUAGUGUGCAAAAACAUUACGCCAAUAUAGAUAACCGUUCAAGGUCCUCCUUUUAUAAGAUUUAGUACCUAUACCAAAGUGAGACGUUCAUCUUGCAGUUCAGUUCGUUCAAGAAUUCAGACAUCAGAACACAUAUAAUAUUGAUACAGAAAAAUGAAAAUUUCUAUGUGUUUGACGAUCUUCGCAGCGUCGGCCGUAUUAGUGGCCCACGACUGUCGGGCCGCGCCUGCUGUGCCUUCGUUCACCGACGAAAAGGCAGACCACGAGAGUUUAGACGUCAACGAAGUGGGGCCGGCCGAGGAGGACUGGAAGCUGUACAGCCUGUUGACGAAGACCAAGUCGUACGAUCCGUCGGACACCGAAAAGACCCGCGAGCUGCUGAAGGAGAUCGAAGAGUACACGCGGCUGGUCACGACCACGGACGCGGUGACAACCGACGUUCCAGCGGACGAAUCGACGGAACUGCCGGCUGCGGACGCAACUGACGCCAUCGAAACGGAUCCCGCGUCGUCCGACUGGUUCGCCUCGACGUGGAGGAACAUGAACCGGGACGACGACGACGACGACGGGCCGCGAAUGGGCAGGCAAGACGACGGUAACGUGGAAGAAAUCAUCAAAAAGAUUUCCAACGACUUGAAGAAACUGUACGUCAAAAUCAAGCAAGUGAUUACGGUGGUGAAAAACUGGGUCAAUCACGCUAGGGGUUCAACAGUUGAAUUUGAUGGAUAUCCAAUGUCUGCAAGUGCUUCUGAAUCGGAUGGAGUGUUUGUAAUUGCCGAUCCUCUAAUUGGGGAUAUAGAUAAAUCUAAUAAAUAUAUUUUACCCAUAAAUGAAGAUUAAAUCAUAAAUAUUAAUUUCCGAUUAAACUUAUAUGAUUUAUUUAAAUCGCAUAUCAACCACAAAUUGGUUAUUUA